AUGGACACUCGGAGCUUGGACAUCAGGUGGAUCCGGCCCCGGUUCUCCAAAACGGUGCACCACUACCGAAAUGGAGAGGACCUGUACAGGGAGCAGAUGGAGGAAUAUGUUGGGAGGACAGAGUUGGUCAGAGAUGGUCUCUCCCGUGGACGCCUGGACUUGCGAAUCUCUGGGUUGAGACCCUCUGAUGAUGGUCAGUACAUCUGCACUGUGACAGAUGGUGCCUCUUAUGGAGAAGCUAUGGUGGAUGUGGAGGUGUCAGCCACAGGCUCUGUCCCUCAGCUCUCCCUGGAGGCUUACGAGGACGGAGGCAUCCGGGUGGUGUGUCGAUCGGCCGGCUGGUACCCACAGCCGGAGGUGCUGUGGAAAGAUCCCGAUGGGCAGCAUCUCCCCUCGGUCUCCCAGGGACAUUGCUCUGAUACGAGGGGCCUGUUUGGCAUUGAAGACGUCAUUGUUGUGUCCAAUGGGAACAGACAUGGGAAGUGGUCCUGCGUGGUCAGGAACAGCCACCUCAACCAGGAGCAGGAGACUUCUAGUGCACGAGAGAACCGGAGCCUCGUGUGCUUCAGGUGA